AUGGCGCUGUCGAGCGGUGAUGCGAGGAAGCGAUUCGAGGCCGAGAACAAGAUCGCGACCGAAGACCCUGACCACAUCUACAAGUACGAUGAGGCCAAGCACCAGGGCUGGACCAGCCAGCGUUUGUGGCAGAAAGACCCCAACUACUUCAAGAAGGUCAAGAUCUCUGCCGUUGCGUUGCUCAAGAUGGUGAUGCACGCGCGGUCGGGCGGCAAGCUCGAAGUGAUGGGCUUGAUGCAGGGCAAGAUCGACGGCGAUACCAUGAUCGUGAUGGAUUCGUUCGCCCUGCCCGUCGAGGGCACCGAGACGCGAGUCAACGCGCAGGUGGAGGCCUAUGAGUACAUGGUCAGCUACCUCGAGCUCAUCGGGCAGGCCGGUCGUCUGGAGAACGCCAUCGGUUGGUACCACAGCCACCCCGGCUACGGCUGCUGGCUCUCCGGUAUCGACGUCGGCACGCAGAUGCUCAACCAGCAGUACCAGGAGCCUUGGCUCGCCGUCGUCAUCGAUCCCACCCGCACCAUCUCCGCUGGCAAGGUCGAGCUGGGCGCCUUCAGGACGUACCCCGAGGACUACAAGGCCCCCGAUGAGGCCCCGUCCGAGUACCAGACCAUUCCCAUCUCCAAGAUCGAGGAUUUUGGUGUGCACUGUAAACAAUACUACCCGCUCGAGGUCUCGUACUUCAAGUCGUCGCUCGACUCGCAGCUGCUCGACCUCCUGUGGAACAAGUACUGGGUCAACACCCUCUCCUCCUCGCCUCUUCUUGCCAACCGUGACUACUUUGCUGGAGCGAUCCACGAUCUGUCGGAGAAGCUGGAGCAGGCGGAGACGCAGCUGUCACACAGCGGGCGCAUGGGCGGCUACCUGGCGCCGGAGAAGAAGAAGGAGGAGUCGCAGCUGGCCAAGCUCACCAAGGACUCGACCAAGACGACGAUCGAGCAGGUGCACGGGCUCAUGGCCCAGGUCAUGAAGGACAUCCUCUUCAACAUCAACAAGUCCGAGACCUCGUCCUCCUCUUCCUCUUCUCAGUGA